AUGAAACUUUUCGCUGCUACUUUGGCCAUCGCUUCCGCUCAGGACUUUGCUGCUUCCGAAGCUGGAGAUGAUGCACGAACUUUCUCCUUCGGGGAUUCUGCUUUCGACUACGGAGACAGUGCUUACGCUGGAUUCGAUAGCGGAGCCUUCUACGACUCAGCCUACGGCAGCGAUUACAACUCUCUUUCUGCUGCGUACAACUACGACGACGCCGACGCUGCCGCCGCUGACGCUGAUGCCGCUGUUGCCGACGAGGCCGGACGAGACAAAGACGAGGCUCGAUACUUCGGAGUUGUGCAGGCCACCACUACGUCGCCGACCACUCAGACUUUCACCACCACUUCCAGAAUCACUAAACACUGCAUCAAGUGCGACGUUAUGACCCCAGCAAAGUGCGCCGUUGUUGGUCAAACAAACGAUGAGGUCAACCAGCCAUGCGAAAAUGGCGAGGUUUGCUUCCUCGAAGUCCGACGAAGUCAUCAAGCUGGUAAGUUGACCCAGAUCUGCACUGGCUGCAAGAACGCUCAAGCUUGCUGGGACCUCAAGCAACAGAACUCGAUCACAGGAGGCACAGCUUUGAGAGACCUCGCACAGUGCCAUCAAAUGCACGACACCAACAACCGAAUCCCACGACUGGGCUCGAUCGCUUCCGUCUGCAGAACUUGCUUUGCCCCUUCAAUUUCCGCUUACGCCUCCACCUCCGAUGCUAACAAGCCAAAUCAAUUCUUCGCUGGUAACUCCGACGGACUCUCAUUCACCAUUCCCAACGGCAGCGGUGUUUCGGCAACUGUGACGCUUUACGGAAGCAAUGAUGCCACAUUCAACGACAUCUGGUUCACCAACCGACACGGACUCUCUUCUACAUCCAGCUACGAUCUUGACUUCUCUCUUCCUAUUCUCUCAUAA